UGCCGCUGCGGGUGCUCUAUGCUGGUGCAGGGAAGGUGGAAGAAUCUGGCUUCGUGUGAAGCAUGAAGAGAAGUCGCAGAUGGAGGCUGGAAGAGGGUGAAUGUUAGGUCGGAGAUCUCUUCAACCCAUACCUCAGCGUCUGCUGCAGAUCUUUGACAGAGCCUGGCUUCACUGCUGAACAAGAGCUGCUUCCUUGGAGGGUGGGGGCGAAGAGUUGUGUUCUGCAGCAACCGGGGUUAAGCAGGGGUUAACCGGAAUAUGCUGUAAGCACAGUGGACAGAAGGCAUUGACCGGGAAGAUGGUUCAGAAGUUAAGGAGACAGCAUCCUUCUCAUUGAGAAACUGGAGAAGAUAACCCAUGGCCAGUCCAAGAGGUAGUAAAGCUGAUCCCUGUCUGCCUACAAAAAUGUGCCAGGGAUAAACGCAUUUCCCCCAGUAUUGCUCUAAUCUGCUGCUGUCAGCUGGCUAAGCCUGGCUUGUAACAGCCAGUGAACAGGAAGCAAAGGAGAGCCCAUUUUGUUGGCUUACUGUGGUGGUGGAAGGGGCAGUGCCGGCUUGGAUUGGGGCACUCUUCCCUGCCACAGGUCCUGGCACUUGAGUGGUCAUGUCUGUGGGAGAGGCAGAAGCUGACCACCCACGGUUCUUUGUUGGCGGUGAAGAUGGUGAAGGAGACGAGCUGCUGGACUCGGGGAGAGUUAUGGGCUAUGACUGCCUGUAUGAAAAUGUGGAAGAGGAGGAAGAAGGUGAUGAGGAUGAAGAAUAUGACUCUCCCCCCGAACGACAGAUAGUUGUAGGAAUCUGUGCCAUGUCAAAGAAAUCAAAAUCUAAACCUAUGAAGGAAAUAUUGGAGCGCCUCUGCUUGUUCAAAUACAUAACUGUUGUGAUAUUUGAAGAAGAUGUAAUACUAAACGAGCCUGUCGAGAACUGGCCUCUUUGUGACUGUCUUAUUUCCUUCCACUCCAAAGGGUUCCCUUUGGAUAAAGCAGUGGCUUAUGAAAAACUCAGGAAACCAUUUGUUAUCAACGAUCUGGAUAUGCAGUAUCAUAUUCAGGACAGGAGAGAGGUGUAUCGAAUUUUGAAGGCUGAAGGAAUCUUGCUUCCCAGAUAUGCUGUUCUCAACCGUGACCCUGCCAAACCAGAAGAAUGCAGCCUGGUGGAAGGAGAGGACCAUGUGGAAGUGAACGGAGAGAUUUUCCAGAAGCCCUUUGUGGAGAAGCCAGUGUGUGCUGAGGACCACAAUGUCUAUAUCUACUACCCCACAUCAGCAGGUGGAGGCAGCCAGAGGCUUUUUCGCAAGAUUGGCAGCAGAAGCAGCGUGUAUUCUCCAGAAAGCAAUGUCAGAAAAACUGGAUCCUACAUUUACGAGGAGUUCAUGCCAACUGAUGGUACUGAUGUAAAGGUCUACACUGUGGGCCCCGACUACGCUCAUGCUGAAGCACGCAAAUCGCCUGCCCUGGACGGCAAGGUGGAACGAGACAGCGAAGGGAAAGAGGUUCGGUACCCUGUCAUCCUCAAUGCCAGAGAGAAGCUUAUUGCCUGGAAAGUCUGCCUGGCAUUUAAGCAAACUGUGUGUGGCUUUGACUUGUUGAGAGCCAAUGGUCAGUCUUAUGUUUGUGACGUUAAUGGCUUCAGCUUUGUGAAAAACUCCAUGAAGUAUUACGAUGACUGCGCAAAAAUUUUAGGGAACAUUGUUAUGAGAGAACUGGCUCCACAGUUUCAGAUCCCCUGGUCAAUACCAUUGGAGGCUGAAGAUAUCCCCAUAGUGCCUACAACCUCUGGAACCAUGAUGGAAUUGCGUUGUGUGAUCGCUGUUAUCCGACAUGGAGAUCGAACUCCAAAACAGAAAAUGAAAAUGGAAGUUCGGCACCAAAGGUUUUUUGAUCUCUUUGAAAAAUGUGAUGGAUAUAAGACAGGAAAAUUAAAACUGAAAAAACCAAAGCAACUGCAGGAAGUUUUGGACAUUGCAAGACAACUUCUCGCAGAACUAGGACAGAAUAAUGAUUCUGAGAUUGAAGAAAGUAAAGCUAAACUUGAACAACUCAAAACAGUUUUGGAGAUGUACGGACAUUUUUCUGGUAUAAAUCGGAAAGUCCAGUUAACGUACUUACCACAUGGGUGCCCAAAAACAUCAAGUGAAGAAGAGGACAACCGGCGCGACGACCCAUCCCUCCUGCUGGUGCUGAAGUGGGGUGGCGAGCUGACUCCUGCAGGCCGCGUUCAGGCAGAGGAGCUGGGCAGAGCCUUCAGGUGUAUGUACCCAGGAGGACAAGGGGACUAUGCAGGAUUCCCUGGCUGUGGGUUACUCCGUUUGCACAGCACUUACCGCCAUGAUCUAAAGAUUUAUGCCUCUGAUGAAGGCAGAGUUCAGAUGACAGCUGCUGCCUUUGCCAAGGGUCUCCUGGCCCUGGAAGGAGAGCUGACCCCCAUCUUAGUCCAGAUGGUCAAAAGUGCCAACAUGAAUGGCCUGCUGGACAGUGACAGCGACUCCCUCAGCAGCUGCCAGCAGCGUGUCAAGGCCAGGCUGCACGAGAUCCUUCAGAGAGACCGGGAUUUCACCGCUGAGGAUUAUGAGAAGUUGGCACCAACGUCCAGCUCUUCUCUUAUCAAGUCGAUGCAGAUGAUUAAAAAUCCAGUCAAGAUGUGUGACAAGGUCUAUUCCCUGAUCCAGAGCUUGACCUCUCAGAUCCGACAGAGAAUGGAGGACCCCAAAUCAGCAGAUAUACAGCUUUACCACAGUGAAACUCUGGAGUUAAUGUUGCGUAGGUGGGCAAAGCUUGAGAAAGACUUUAAAAUGAAGAAUGGAAGAUACGACAUCAGCAAAAUUCCUGACAUUUAUGACUGCAUUAAAUAUGAUGUACAGCACAACGGCUCCUUAAAACUUGAGAACACGAUGGAGAUAUAUCGACUUUCAAAGGCAUUAGCUGAUAUUGUCAUUCCUCAGGAAUACGGAAUAGCUCAAGCUGAAAAACUGGACAUUGCUAAAGGCUACUGCACCCCUCUGAUUAGGAAAAUUCGCUCAGACCUGCAGAGAACACAGGAUGAUGACACUGUCAACAAACUCCAUCCAGUGUACUCCAGAGGAGUUAUGUCACCAGAACGUCAUGUGAGGACAAGGCUGUAUUUCACUAGUGAAAGUCAUGUGCACUCACUGCUUUCAAUUUUACGCUACGGGGCCUUGUGCGAUGAGACCAAAGACGAUCAGUGGAAGAGGGCCAUGGACUACCUCAAUGUCGUUAGUGAACUUAACUACAUGACGCAGAUUGUCAUUAUGCUCUACGAGGACCCAAACAAGGACCCUUCAUCAGAAGAUCGUUUUCAUGUUGAGUUGCAUUUUAGCCCAGGAGCAAAGGGCUGUGAAGAAGAUAAAAACCUACCAUCAGGAUUCGGCUAUAGACCAGCUUCACGGGAGAAUGAAGGCCCAAGAAAAAAAUCCAUCAAUGACAGUGAUGAAGAGUCUAGUGCAGCUAAAAGAGAUGAGCCUGACAGAGCACUGUUCAGACCUAUGGUCUCUGAUCCAAUCUACAUACACAGGAAGUCCCCUCUUCCGCGCUCCAGGAAGAUUGGCUCUGUAGAAGAAGAGAGCCCCCUGAGUGUGUCUAGCCCUGAGUCAAUUGGUACCUGGAUUCAUUACACCUGUGGUGUGGGUACUGGGCGUCGAAGACGCAGAUCAGGGGAUCAAAUAACUUCCUCCCCUGUCUCCCCCAAAUCACUGGCUUUCACAUCCACUAUUUUUGGCUCAUGGCAACAGGUGUUGUCUGAGAACAACAGCCACACAAGAGUUGGCAGACUGCAUUCUGAACAGAAGCACAGUGGCAUGGGGUCUCAUUGUGCUGGGCUGUUUAGCACGAUGGUGCUCGGGGGGUCUUCCAGUGCACCUAACCUACAGGAUUAUGCUCGUGCUCACCGUAAAAAGCUGACUUCUUCUGGCUUCUUAGAUGACGCCACACGUGGUUCUGCUGUAAAACGAUUUUCUAUCUCAUUUGCUCGACACCCAACCAAUGACCUCUCUUCCUCUCCUCGUACCUUUAAUAAAGGGAAAAUGGUGAAACAAGUGUCGUGUGAGAGUGCCUUACCCUAUUUUUUGGGCCUCGACCUAGAGCAGCCACACCUGAUCAGGUGUUUGUCUGUUACCUCCCUGGAAUAUGUAGACCUCAGUGGUUUUGAAUUGUAUUCCAUGGUGCCUUCAAUCUGUCCCCUUGAGACCCUUCACAAUUCCUUAUCCCUUAAACAAGUGGAUGACUUUUUGGCCUCUGUCGCUGCUUCAUCCAAUGAAACGUUUUUGGAAACACCAACCUCUUCCCCAGCUUCUACAUUAGGUUAUGGUACAGUACCAAGUAGGAAAACAUCUUUAAAUACAUACACCCCAGCAAGGAUUCUGCCUUCACCUUUUUCUCAUUCUUCAAGCAAGAAAGCAUCAGACAGGGCAUCUGUUGUGAGCAGUGGACCCUCAAGCCCAGUGUCAAGUGCUGGUCCACCCUCUCCUGCAGAUCUGUCACCACACAACAUUCCUGGAGGCAAUGUGCUCAUGCAACAGACCAGCGAUGAACAAGAAACACCUAAAGGAUCUUCCCUGUAAACAAUCAUGAGCCUCGAGUCUCCUUUCCUUCAUGUUGAAAUGGAUUUUGAACACGAGACUUGGAUUUGCCUUAUAUUUGCUUUGUGAAGCAUUUUACUUUAUUUUAUUUCCAUCAUCAUUGAAGAGCCAUGCUGUAUAUAUUUAGCCUGAACCUUGUUGAAACCCCGGAUAUGUAUAUAUAUAUAUUUUUAACUACCUUUAAAUCUACAAUUACAAAUGUUUCACCAGAUGAUAUAAUUUGGUGUCUAUUAUACAGGGUGACAAAUUAAACAAAAUAUGGUUUUUAAAAAAAAUGUGUACAAGUUUUCAAAAUAAAACUGCAAUGUCCUAUUGUACAUUAUUUUUAUAUUAAUUGGGUAAAUUAUAUUAUGAAAGAUGUAUAACAGAGUUGUUUCUGUGUGUGAAACACUGCUUUCGGGGUUUUUUUUUCGUCGAGUCAUGAAACAUCACAGCUGAAAUCCAAAUUUAAAUUUUGGUUGCCUUUUGAAAAUUUGUAUGAAGUUGUUUAUACUUUGUGUUUCAAAAUCCCUUAUUCAAUAAAUUGUACUAGUUCUGCUAAAACUGAAAAAAAAAACAAUAGAAGUAUUUCAUUUCAUUUCUUUUCCAUUGCAUUGCCUCACAAGAGUGAUACCACGAUAUCCUUAAUUGGAAGAAGUGGUUAGAAAACAGAUGGAUGUACUGUAUGUAUUAGCUUUUUACUUACUCGAUGGUGGUUUUUCGCAUUUGGCAUUUGCAAUUACCAAAGCCAGACCUCAAUUAGCUAUGGCUUUUCUUUUUCUUAUGCUCGAACGAAGCUAAUUUCAACACCUCUAUCAACUCAGUAAGCCACGAAACUCCAGCAGAUUUUAAAGUGAAACCAAGCCAGAAGUACUGUAAAAAGAAAUCCAAGUCUUCCAGGAGUUGGUCUUACCACACCAACCUAAAUCUAUCCCUAACCAGCCUCAGCAGUUCUCUCCCAGCUGUACUUUGUCACUUUCACUAAUAUUGAUUAUACACAACAUACUGUAGUAGUACUAUGCACACAGUGUACUGUAUUUUUAAUUUAAUUCUCUGUAUUAAAAUGC